CCAUUCUCCGCUGACCCAAGUAAAUAGGAGAGACGAGAGGCAUAGCAGUGAGAGGUUUUCUGAAAGCAGCAGGUUACUGUGACAUCAGGAGGUUCUGUGUCUGGGUCCACUCUGUCAUACAGGAUUAGGGCUUUGCAGGUUUUCUAAUCUGCACACAGUUAUCCAUAUAAAUAAAAUGUUCCCUCCAUUCAGGCAAAGCCAUGAGGAUUAGAUGCGGACACCCAGUCUGUGCCUGAAGCCUGCAGAGACCGCUGUCUACAGGGUGUUGUACUGUAUCGUCUUCUAUUACGUGGGAUUAAUAAUUCAGCCGAUACUUUUGUAACUCAAGCCGCCUGUUUCUGUUGUGCCUCCAGAGAGCUCAGGUGCAGCUACAUCUGUUUAUUGUGUGUGUGUUUUUUUUCUUUGAUACAUGUAACAGAAGAUUUUAACUGAGACGUUUCCUCGCCUCCUCCUCCUAGCACUGUAUCUAAGCUGAAAGGUUUUUUUUUUAUCCAAUGCCGGUUCCAGGCAGGCACACAAACAUCAGCCGAUCGCAUAGCUGGGAUGCAGCAGGUUGGUAUGAAGGCAGCUGGGAGGGAGACAUCUCAUCAGGAUAUCACAGAGCAGCCGGCAUAAACAAUUCUCUGACCUACAACGGAGAGGAAGCUUUUUACAAGCUGCCAAGCAGUAGAUCCCGCGAUAUUCUCGUGCCAGGCAGCUCGGAGAUAAAGGCGGACCUCUCUUCCAACCCAGACGCAUAUAUCCGAGGUCAGCAAGGUCACCCAGUGCGUCAGGACCGCAGGCCAGUGAGGAAUACCUCAGUCCCAGACUUCAGCUUUCCCAACGAGAGGCAAAUGGCAAUGUCUGGGCGUGGAUCUGUGCAAACCCAAGAUUAUUAUAAUGAUCCUUCUCUGCCUGGCAGAUCCCUGGAGGAUCCUCGUUAUUACAGAGACCCAAUACUAAAUCGAGCAGGACAUGCUUACGGUCCUCCCACAAGUCGUACGGCCUGGGAACAGGCUCCAGCACGUCCAUAUCACUCACAAGAAUUGGGUCGUAUGUACAGAGAUCCUACAGGUAGAGUCAUCGCCGAGGGACAACGUUCCAGGAGUCGAGAUUCCUCCCCUGCCAGAUACACAGUAGAUAUAUCCAACCCCAGAUAUGGCUCAGAGGCUUCCGCGUUCCCCAACAGACCGAUUUAUAAUGAGAUGAUAGAACGAGCCAUUGAUCCCACUGGAGGGAGACAGACAGCUCCUACCUGCCUAGUGGUGGAGCCCAGUGAAUCUGCUGCCAUGGAUGGCACUCUGGGAAAUUCUUCUAUCUCUGCAAAUCGUGGCUACGGCUCAGUAAGAGAUAAUGUCACUGGUAAGAUGACAUAUGAUGCCUAUGAUGGCACUCUAAAUCCAUCGCAUCCUCAGGCUCUUUCUGGAGCCGAACUAAAAAGGGUUGUAGAUAUGGAAUUCCUUACAACUUUAAGAAGUGAAGGCCUUUCUGAAGCAACUAUUAGUGCAUUGAUACAGCAGGGGUUCGACACACCCAGCUCACUGGCUGUCAUGGAAGAACAUGACAUUAAAUCAGUGGCUGCAAAUCUUGGCCAGGCAAGACUGCUUUUAGGUCUUAUCAAGAGCUACCGGGUAGAUUUGCAGAUGCUGAGACAAGAUCCACAGAAAAGCAACUCCUUGAGGUCUCGAGCCCGCUCCAAUAGCUUCAGCCACCGUGGAGAUCUUAUGCGUGGUGAUUUUGGUGCACAGACCCUUAAUAACCCAAUGAUGGAUGGCGUUUCCAACACACAACAAUCUUUAUCACUGCAGCCGGUCUCUCCCAGAAUGGCUGAACUCACCCGCCGUCCUUCUAGCGCUCCAUCCCAGCAUUUACUGGAGGCGGCCAGCUACCCAGCUUGUGGAAUGAAUGUCCAAAACCCACAGUUCAUGCAAACCACUGGAUACUCCAUGCCUGUUCAAACUCGGUCAGCAUCAGCCUACCCUGCCCAGUCUGGCAUACCCAUGACUGUUGUACACACAAACAUCACCAGUGGACCAAAAACAGCUUACCCUACUAGUUAUACUGUACCCAUGGAGCUUAUGAAAAGAGAGCGCCUUCCACCCACUUCUCCUGUGCACAGCCCUCACUAUAGCCCUCAGCUUCUACGCAAACAGGGGAGUCAUAUGGAGACCACAAUGAGCUUACCACCACCUACCAUACAUAGUCAGCACUCUCCCCACUCACCCUACCAGAAGGUUACCAGGAGGACUGGACCACCCAUCAUUGUCUCCACCAUGGCAUCACCAGAGCCAAGUAUGCGGCCUCAAACUCUCAAUGGUCCAAUGCACCCGCGUCCUCUCAUAGCGCUGCUGGAUGGAAGGGACUGCACAGUGGAGAUGCCAAUCCUUAAAGAUCUUGCUACUGUGGCUUUCUGUGAUGCCCAAUCAACACAGGAAAUCCAUGAAAAGGUUCUGAAUGAAGCAGUGGGCGCCAUGAUGUAUCACACAAUAACGCUAACACGUGAAGACCUGGAAAAGUUCAAAUCUCUGCGAGUUAUAGUGCGGAUAGGCAGCGGAUAUGACAACAUAGACAUCAAGGCUGCUGGAGACAUGGGAGUGGCUGUGUGCAACAUCCCAUCAGCGGCUGUAGAAGAGACCGCCGAUUCUACAAUCUGUCACAUCCUCAAUCUUUACCGAAGGAACACGUGGCUGUACCAGGCACUGCGAGAAGGGACACGGGUACAGAGCGUGGAGCAGGUCAGAGAAGUAGCGUCUGGAGCAGCCCGUGUACGCGGAGAGACUCUUGGCUUAAUAGGAUUUGGCCGUGUUGGGCAGGCCGUAGCGGUGCGAGCCAAAGUGUUCGGCUUCAGUGUUAUCUUCUACGAUCCGUACCUGCAAGAUGGGACCGAGCGCGCUCUGGGGGUGCAGAGGGUGUACACACUACAGGACUUGCUUUACCAAAGCGACUGUGUGUCCCUGCACUGUAACCUGAAUGAACAUAACCAUCACCUCAUUAAUGACUUCACAAUCAAACAGAUGAGACAAGGAGCCUUCCUGGUGAACACGGCACGCGGGGGUCUGGUGGAUGAAAAGGCUUUGGCUCAAGCUCUGAAGGAGGGCAGAGUCAGAGGAGCAGCUCUAGAUGUACACGAGUCCGAACCUUUUAUAUACGCUCAGGGUCCUUUGAAAGAUGUCCCUAAUCUGAUCUGCACCCCCCAUACAGCUUGGUACAGCGAGCAGGCCUCCCUGGAGAUGAGAGAAGCGGCAGCCACUGAGAUAAGAAGAGCAAUCACAGGUCGCAUUCCUGAUAGUCUCCGAAACUGUGUGAAUAAAGAAUUCUUGUCUGCAACGACUCAGUGGGCUACAAUAGAGCAAGCAGGGACAAAUGUGGAGCUCAAUGGUGCCACCUACAGAUCUGUGUGCGCACAGCCGCUCCAGGGAGAGAAGCGCUGACCUCUGCCUCCAGCAUAUUCCUCCCUGGUUUUGGCUCUCCUGCUGUCAGAGAAAGAAUCAUUCAUUACAAGGGAUCUCCCCACCUCCUGAAUCACCCUUCAGCGCUCCAUUCUGCCAGGCAGUACUGCAUGUAGCAAUAGGAACAACUGUGCUGGUUACAGACGCCAGCAAUCAAUGAAAGAGCAUCAGAACACACAGUGGCCAGGGAUAAGCGUGCCGCUACAUCACACGGGGACCACCAGAUGAGAACUACUUCUGCAAGCACAUGACUACAGCAAUCCAGGACUGUCUGUCUUUUCUGUGAGCACCAAUUCCC